UGACGACUGACAAAAGACAUGCCUGAAGUUGACACUCGACUCAGAUUCAGUGAUUUACCUAAUUCUUUAGUGAAGCCGAUGAUCGAAAAUGUCUUCUUCGUACAACCAAGGAUUUCCAUCCGAUGUGAGAAAUGACGAAUCAUCUUUAGGAAGAGGAAAUCAACCUUAUCAUAUGCAGCAGCAACAGCAAACUCCAGGUCUUCACCAAGAUCGAAGAGAUGGAGCACCAAAUCCGAAUGAACCUCCAAUCUUCCAUCCAACGACUGGACAUACAGGGUCUCAAUCUCAGGGUGGCCCAAACACUGGACACUUUCCAUUUCACCAUCCACAGGGUGAUACGCUUCCACAAGCAUUUCAACCUCCUGUAAACUUUCAUCUUCCUCCACCUCCCCAUCUUCCCCCUCCUCCAGAUUUUCAUGGAUUGCCACCUGCCAAUUAUCCUAUCUUUCCUCCUCCUCCUCUGCCUAAUCAGAGAUACUUUCCUCCGAGACCAAUUGGAACUCAUCCUCAGGGAUUCCAAGAAGUCUCUCCAACUCCAUCUGCCUUGAUCCCAAAUGAAGAAACAAAGAAUCAAUACAAACAGUAUUACGCACCGUCUCCUCAUCGGACAGGUCAACAAUACCAUGAUCCUCAAGUAGAUCAUGCUCAAAACUGUGAUGCGCAAGUAAGAAGUGUACCUCCUGAGAAGAUUAGAGAGAAAAGAGGAGGUUCAGAUGGGAGCUACAGAGAUGUUGGUCAAUACUUCAACCUGGAAGGAAGAUCCUCACAAAAUGUUCACCCCAAAGGGUCUCAUCAUGGAAGGAGUAGUGAGAAACAUCAGCACAGUGCAUUUCCAUCAUGUAACCCUGGCAAUACUUCAAGAAGAUUCUCUCCAACCAGAAGUAGGUCACCUGGUAAAAAGUCUCCAAUAAGAAGUAGGUCACCCCAGCAAAGAUCACAGAGAAGAAGUAGGUCACCUCAACAAAGGUCACAGAGAAGAAGUAGGUCACCCAGACAAAGAUCUUCAAGAAGAAGUAGGUCACCUCAACAAAGGUCGCUAAGAAAAAGUAGGUCACCCAGUCAAAGGUCACCGAAAAGAAGUAGGUCACCAGGGCAAAGGUCACCAAGAAGGAGGUCACCACAACAGAGCCGGUCAUCGAGAAGAAGUCCACCAAGACAAAGCAGAUCCACUUUGAGAAGUACCUCUCCACAACAAAGACAGAGACAGCCUAGCAGAGAGAGAUCUAGAAGACCAAGGUCGCCACAUCUUGAUCGAUCAAGGAAAGAAUCUUCGAGAAGAAGUCAAUCACCGAGAAAAUCCAGAUCAUCAAUUUCACCAAGUAGAGGAAAGAAAGAGGAUAAUGAAAAAGAUUCUGAAAGAAGACAACCAAGGAAAAGGUCUCCUGUCAGCCAAACAACUCGUUGGAACGAGUUAGAAGCAAAGACAGCAGCUUUUGAGGAAUCUCAAAACCCUAUGAAUCUGUCUAUGGAUAAAGAAGAUAAAGAAGAUAAGAAAGAUGAGAGUAAUACAGCCGAGGAUGAACCAUCUUGGAUACAGUGCUCUCCUAAAGGAAACUUCUACUCAACUGAUCCCAAAAUGCAAAAGGGUGAUUCAACUGUUGCUGCUACCGAUAAACUUAAAGAUCUUCUGAGUAGAUUCCAAGAUGAAAUUGUAAAUCGCGGGAUCCAAGCAAAAGAAAACCAGCCCAAGUUAGAAAUACCUCAACCUAAAGUACACUGGCAUGUACAUAAAGGUAGUGAUGGUGAGACGUCAGAGGAGGAAAGUGAUUCCUCAUCAUCGUCUGAUGAGGAAGAGGACAAAGAGACGGAGGAGCAAGAUGAUCCUCUAGCGUUCCUGAAAGUCAAGGAGAAACAUCCGGCUAGACUCGCAGAAAACCUCUGGUUUAACGACCCUGGAGAGGUAAAUGAUGGUCCAUUAUGUCGAUGUAGUACCAAAGCCAAACAAGUUGGUAUAAGACAUAAUAUCUACCCAGGAGAGAAGCCUAUACCAUUGUGUGAUCCAUACACCAAUAAUGCUGGCAAGUUGUAUCAUUACCGCAUCACCAUGGCACCAAGUACAAACUUCCUGACUCAUCAACCCACAGUCAUUGAAUAUGAUGAUCGAGAAUACAUAUUUGAAGGAUUUUCCCUUUUCUCUCAUUUCAAACUGGACGAUCUACCUCCAUGUAAAGUGGUACGCUUUAACAUCGAGUAUUCCAUCUUAUUUAUUGAAGAACCAAUGCCAGAGAACUUUUCAGUGAAAGGACUGGACCUGUUUGUUGAUUUCCUGUUUUUUGAAAUCUUGGAGUUGUAUGAUUUUGAGCUUGUCGGCGACGUUGGCGGGUGUAGGUUAUUCCAUUUUAUGCCUCGCUUUGCACGUCAUCUUCCAAGCAAUGGUAAAGAGAUCCUGUCCAUGCACCAUGUAGUUCAGAAUCUACUCAAGAUGAGUCGUCCAAUCAUUGAGGAAAAAGAUUUGAAGAAAUGGUUGGAAUGUGACCAGAUAACAUGGGAACGUUAUGCUGAAGAACACAAAGGAAUGAUUGUUACAUGUCCUGGAAAGAAGCCAAGCUCAGUCCGAGUUGAUCAGGUGGAUAGAGAAGAUGACACUAGUCCCGAAGAUGAACCAACAUCCAGAUAUCCAACGAUAGUUCACUUUGGUUUGAGACCUGCACAACUCAGCUAUGCAGGAAACAGAGACUAUCAAAAUCUCUUCAAAUCUUAUUUGAAGAUGAACCAUCUUCUUGCCAAUAAACCCAAGGUUAGUCUUCAAGAUCGUCAGAAACUCGCUGAGAAAGAAAAAAAGCUUCAGAGAAUUCGCCUCCAGGGUCACAUGACUCGUGAGGUCACAGCUGAGAUUAGCAGCAAAGAUAUGUUGAUGACUGGUAUUGGGUCCGAUGUGUGUCAGCAUGCUAUGAUGUUGCCUGUUCUUGUCAACCAUAUGCGUUAUUUCAACUGCCUUUACAACAUCGAUGACAUCAUCGGCUACAAGUUCAAAGAUAGAGUCUUACUAAAGCAUGCAAUGACCCAUCCUUCAUACCGUCUGACCUAUGGAAUGAAUCCAGACCACGUCCGUAACUCACUCUACAAUUGUGGUAUACGACAACCAGAUUACGGUGACAAGAAGAAGCAGGUGGAGCGAUCCAGAAAGAAAGGAAUCAACACGUUGAUUAAGAUCAUGUCUGAGAUGGCUGCUCCUGAUGAAUUAUCAUCUCAUAUUCAUCAUUAUGAGAGGUUAGAAUUUCUUGGUGAUGCAGUCGUGGAAUUCGUUACAAGCACCCAUUUGUAUUACUUGUUUCCACCACUUGAAGAAGGCGGGCUGGCAACCUACAGACAGGCGAUUGUGCAGAAUCAACAUCUCGCAGUUCUGGCUAGGAAGUUGGAGCUUGAGCGUUUUCUUCUGUAUGCCCAUGGUCCAGACCUUUGUAGGAGUUCUGAUCUGAAACAUGCUUUAGCUAACUGCUUAGAGGCUUUAAUGGGAGCUCUGUUUCUUGAGGGAGGGCUACCAGUAGUCAGACGGAUCUUCUGUAAUCUCUUAUUUGACACUGAGAAAUUGAGGAGAAUAUGGAUGGAUCAUCCUAAGCAUCCUUUGCAGCUUGAGUUUCCACAAGGUGACCGGCAUAUGAUUCAGUAUUCUAGUAUAUUGCAGAUGCUGAGUAAAUUUGAGGAGUCUACAGGAAUUAAAUUCAAACACAUUCGAUUACUUGCCCGAGCAUUUACACAAAGGACAAUGAGCUAUACAAAUCUCACCAGAGGUCACAAUCAGAGAAUGGAGUUUCUUGGUGACACUGUACUUCAACUCAUCACAUCAAACUACCUGUAUAAACAUUUCCCAAAUCAUCAUGAAGGGCAUUUAUCUCUUCUUCGUAGCUCCUUAGUGAACAAUAAAACCCAAGCCAUGGUUGCCUCAGAUCUUGGUAUGUCAGAGUACAUCAUUGACGCUAAGAAUCGAACACUUGAAGAUGGAGGACCUCUACCUACCAAACUCCUUGCCGAUCUACUGGAAGCUUUUGUUGGAGCGCUGUUUGUUGAUCAAGGUAUUGAGUCAGUGACAGUCUUCUGUGGAGUUUGUUUCUUCCCAAGGUUGAAGGAUUUUAUUUAUAGUCAGCAUUGGAAUGAUGCUAAAUCCCAACUACAGCAAUGUUGCCUUACUUUGAGAACAGAAGGCAAGGAACCAGACGUACCUCAGUACAAGGUUAUUAGCCAACAUGGACCAACAAACAAUCGUGUUUACAACGUUGCUGUUUACUUCCGAAGUAAAAGACUAGGAACAGGAUGCGCAUCAAAUACUCAGGAUGCCCAAAUGGAAGCAGCAAAGGAUGCAUUGCAAAAUUACAACUUCCCCCAGCUACAUCAUCAGCGGAUGGUGGUUGAAAGAAAGUACAAUGAACACAGUACAGAACAUGGGAAGGGAACUUUCCCAAGAAAGCGUCAAAUGGGAGAAAGUAUGAGACAACGCGAGUCGGGAGGAAGUCAACGAGAGUCAGGCGGAAGUCAACGACAGCGUGAGACAGGAGGAUACCGAAGAUAGCCUGAGAUAGAAGGAAGUCUAAGAAAGAAGAAGAUGGGAGGGAAUCUUUGAUAGCUGGGAGGAAGUCAACGAAAACGUGAGACAGGAGGAAACGGAAGAUAGCGCGAGACAGAAGGAAGUCUCAGAUAAAAGAAGAUGGGAGGGAAUCUUGAAAAGCUUGGAGGAAGUCUACAAGUUUUCACAGGUUUGUUAUUUUAUGCAAAUGUGAGAAGACAGGUCUUUGACAAUUACCAAUAAUAUCCACUGUCUUUAAAUAAUGCUCUUUUUGUGUGUGUAAUAGGAAUUUCUGAAACGAAUAGCUUUGGAAACUCAAAACUUGUUUACCCAACACUUGUUUGAGCUAUGUUUGGGUACUUUGUUUCAGUUCGUUUUUUUAACCCGAGUUUUUUUUCUGUUGGUUGGUUUGGUUGGUUCAUCAAUUGUUCACAUGUUUUUUCUUCUCUU